GCAUCCCACCCACCCAACCCUAACCUCACACAGCCUCCCUUCCUCACCGCCGGCCGAUUUCGGUCGUUGCCACUCCUCCCCGCCGAUAGCACCAACCUCCACGAGCUCCCCUCGCUCCACCUUCUCCUGUACAGCGAGGAAUCCCCUCCUCUCCGGCGGAUCCUGUGGCUCGAGGCGACGGCUGGCUAGGCCCGCGUGACGGACCCAGGCCGUUGGCGUGCUGCCUCUCCGUGCCGGUCCACCUUGGUCCCCGGUGGCACGAGCAAGGGCAAGGCACCACCGAGUUCCACCUCGGCACUCCACUCCCGAGACCUCUCCUACCCCACUGCACUUCCCGGCGGGCGUCUCCUCCACCUGCAAGUCAGAACGAUUGGGCCGCACAACUCCAACGCCGUUUGUAAGGCCUGCUUGAAAUGAUGAUGAAAAACAAGCGCAGGAUGGGAGUCCAUGAGAAACAACGUCCUUGCAAGAAAGUAAUUAGGCCAACUUUAGAUGGUACCUCCUCAGCGAGAUCGGACAGCUCAGAACCCAGUCCAGGCGCGUUGAGUCAACUCAGUGAGCAAGUAGUUUCAAGAUUGUGUAGGAGUGUUGUGUCGCUCGCCUCAUUCCAUGGUGAUACCAAGUUAGGGGAAUGCACAGGCAUAUGCAUCGAAACCUCAUGCCCUGAUGCUACAAGUUUCCUGACAUCGAGACUUUUGAUUCCACUUACUUGGCCUACAAGGAAGAUCACUGAAAAUUUGACGAUUGAAGUGCACCUUCCGAAUGGUCGGACUGUCACUGGCUGGAUAGAGCAUCCUGGGAGAUAUGUUGAUUUUUUCAUCGUCAAUGUCAAGGACUUGUCUGUAUUUGAUGCCGCGCGUGUAAGUCUUGAUUGUGACAUCCAGUUUGAACCUUAUAGGAAGGUAGCAGCUGUAUGGCGCAAUUUCAGUUCAGGACUUUUAGGGGCCACAAGCGGAGUAGAUCUUGCCUCUCUAAGCGCUCUAACCAGUGAGACAAUGUUCAGCACAUGCCAGAUCAACAAGGCUGGGAUUGGAGGCCCCCUUGUUGAUUUUGAUGGUAACUUUGUUGGGAUGAACUGCUCUCGUACCAGAAAGAAAAAGACCCCCUACGUGCGAAGGGAGCAAAUCCUUCAAUUCUUGGAGUAUUACAGGAUGGUCAGUGUUAGAGCUAAGGAAGAGAUUGAUGAUGCUGAAGAACCGGGAAUCGAAAGUGAGAUGAAACAACUACUUUGCAGCAUUCCAGGAGGCAAGCGUAAGAUUCAUUUUCUUGAAGCAAAUUUCGUCGACGAUAUCUGGAGUAAACUACCCAAAGGCGUUGCUUCAAAAAUGUCUCGAAGUGUUGUCUCACUUGCUUCAUUCAAUGGAGUUGCAAAAUUCUUUGCUUGCACUGGUGUAUUUAUAAAGUGCAAUGCAUGCUCUGCAACAAUUCUGACUUCAGCAAGUUUGGUUAGAGUUUCUGGUGAUGCAAACAGGAUUGAUGAUAACCUGAGGAUUGAAGUUUGCCUUCCAAACCAAUUUCGAGUCGUAGGGAUACUGAACCGUUAUAAUUUACAUUACAACAUUGCUCUUGUUGACAUCAUGGGGUACUGGGGUCCUCGUGAAAUAAAAAUUAGCAGGCAUCUAGUUACCUCAUGUAAAAGUGUAAUAGCUGUGGGACGUCUUUUUACUUAUCACAGUAUAAUGGCUGCAAAGGGCAAGUUGUUGAUUGGCAAACGAAGCAAGCUCGAUUGCGAAGAACUAUGCGUCUCCACGUGUAAAAUCACCAAGGCUGGGAUUGGGGGCCCACUUAUUGACACUGGUGGGAAUUUUCUUGGUAUGAACUUUUACCAUGAGGAAGAAACUCCGUUCCUGCCGAGGGAUGUUAUUCACCUCCUCUUGUUGAACUUAAAUAAAGGAUGGACUAGGGCAGGUGAUACUAUUGUUGAGGGUGACGAAAAGAGAUGGCUGUUGGCUGGUACAUGUUGGUCCCAUGGAAAUGCUGAUACUAUUGCCGAGGGUGGUGUCAACAAGUGGCCGUUGCCCGAGCCAUGUGUGCUCCCUGCUGAUAUACCUGAACCUACUACAUUGGAUUUCUACGAGCUGGUUAGGAGGCAGUGUGCUUUUUAGUCCUGCUACUGCUCGUGGUAAUCGAUAAUGUGUUCAUGUUGGUUGGCUGUCUGACGUCCACUCCAGUCUUUGUGUUGCUUGAGUUGUCCCAUCUUUGUGUUGCACGAUGAAUGUAAAUGAGUCAUGUCUAAACAGUGAAGUACUACCUCCGUCCCAUAAUAUGAGACACUUUUGUAAGCUAUGUUCUUGUGACAUGGAAGAAAGUUGACACUAUCUACAAACCA